AUGCAAUUUCUACAAGCGUCGUCUGGUCGGUUUGCAAGGGAACUUCAUAUAACUUGGGCACUUUUGAGAGAUAAUGCCACCGCACAUUUGGGAAAUGCUGUUGCAUGUCUCACUGCUCGACUUGUGGCCUCUCCACUGGCUCCAAUACAGUAUCUAGAGAUCAUCCCACCGUUUGCUCUCGCCACGAUCGCAUUUGCCUAUGUCUUCGACAUUGCCAAUCAGAUUACAUCAAUAGAAGAAGAUGCCAUCAAUAAGCCCUUCCGACCCAUUCCCGCUGGGCUGCUGACCAAAGAGGAAGCAUCACGGCGCUGGUUCCUCAGUUGGUCUCUGCCCGCUAUCGCAGUUUUAUGCAUUUCGGGACGCGAUGCAGCUGUGUAUUUGGUCAUCUGGGUGGCGUUACAUUAUGCCUGGCCCAGAUUCAAUCACUGGGUGAUGCGCAACGCUUUCACUGCCGUGGGGGUGACAAUCCAGCUGAAGCUGCUUGACGCUGUAAUCAGUCAUGCGGUUCCGACAAUCCAAAUGGUUCCCCAUCUCGAUGUCCUACUAUUCUUGUGGUUUGCCCUUACCAUCCAUAUCCAGGAAUUCCAUGAUGUGGAAGGUGACCGCCAACAAAAGCGACAAACACUGCCGUUGAUUCUACCGCCGAAAGCAGUGGACCUCCUACGAGCAGGUACAGGACUUCUCAUCAUCACCGAAGCCUGUGAGUCGUCCACUUGGUCUUUGCAACUAUUCUGGCCACUCGCUUGGUAG